AGAGAUAGAGAGACACACACACACACACACACAUACACAUACACAGAGAGAGAGAGAGAGAGAGCGAGAGAGAGAGCUGGGAACUGAGAGGACGGGACGAGGCCGGAGCGACGGCAGCGGAGGAAGAGAGGAGAGGAGAGGAGAGGAGAGGCUCUCGGAGCGGCGGCGGCCUGAGUGCGGAGGGGCCGGGGCGGUCGGGCCCCGGAACUGAGAGUGACCUGGUGCACUUGAGGGUCUCUUUUCCUAGCGUUCUGAAGCCAUCCUGAACUUGAUGGACUGGAGGUUCUAGGUGUUUCAGCAGCCCCAGACUUCACUGACAUCCUGGUGAGCUGGAGGUUAUGAAGAGAGAACACAGUUAUUUGGAGGUAUAUGAGUGGCCCAAGGCUUCCGACCAUUAAAAGACAGCACCAACUGGGAGCAGGGCAAGGAUGCCGAUUCCGCCUCCUCCUCCUCCUCCACCUGGUCCACCUCCACCCCCCACUUUUAACCAGGCAAACACAGAACCACCCAAGCUGAGUCGAGAUGAACAGCGGGGCCGAGGUGCCCUAUUACAGGACAUCUGCAAAGGGACACGGCUGAAAAAAGUGACUCAUGUCAAUGAUCGGAGUGCUCCAGUCCUUGAGAAACCCAAAGGAGGAAGUGGGGGUUAUGGUUCUGGAAUAAAUGCCCUACAGCCCAAGGGAGGUCUCUUCCAAGGAGGAGUGCCAAAACUCAGACCUGUUGGAACAAAGGACAUUUCAGAGAACCUAGCUGGCAAGACAGUUUUACAGGUCUCUGGUUCCCGAGCCACUGCCCCAAGGCCCCCAGUGUCCACAGGCAAUAGCCGGCCCCAAGAUGAUUCAGACAGUAGCCGAGCUUCCCUCCCAGAACUGCCACGGAUGCAGAGACCCUCUUUACCGGACCUAUCCCGGCCCAAUUCCACCAGCAGCACGGGCAUGAAACAUAGUUCUUCGGCUCCCCCACCACCACCCCCUGGGCGCCGUGCCAAUGCACCCCCUGCACCUUUGCCUAUGCACAGCAACAAAGCCCCAUCCUACAACAGAGAGAAGCCUUUGCCGCCAACCCCUGGACAGAGGCCUCUCCCUGGCCGAGAAGGGCCUCCUGCACCACCUCCAAUUAAGCCACCUCCUUCCCCUGUGAAUAUUAGGACAGGAUCAACUGGGCAUAACCAGUCUUUGGCUCCCCCUCCUCCACCUUACCGUCAGCCCCCUGGUGUCCCCAAUGGGCCCUCAAGUCCUACUAAAGAGUCAGCCCCUGAGCUGCCACAGAGACACAAUUCUUUACAUAGGAAGACACCAGGGCUCGUUAGAGGCCUGGCACCUCCCCCACCCACCUCAGUCUCACCUUCUUUACAGAGUAGUAGACCACCUCCCCCUGCCCGAGAACCUCCCAGUCGGGGAGCAGGUAAGUGCUUUUUAAAGCUUCUUUCUCAUUAUUUUAUUGUUUAUACAGAAUGUCUUGUCCAGUGCCUGAAAAAUUGAGGAAAUCUAGCUUAGCUUUUCUUCUUGACAGUUGAUUGAGAAUACUCUUUGUAGAGAUGACUAAAGACAGAUCCCCUCUAAGGAUACCUCUAAGCAGGUUAGAAGUUGAGGGGUAGACUGGACGAGAUGACUAUUCCUGGGGCCUCUCUAGUUUAAGCAAUUUAAAUUCCCACAUGUUGCUGUUGGACUUGUGCUUAGAGCUCUCUGUGUACCAGUUUUUAAAGGUAUGGCUCAUGAAAGUUGGCCAAGUAAUUACUGGUCUUGUAAAGCACACCUUACAAAGUUAGAAUUAUUUUAGCUAGGUUGGGUUAGUAAAAAGAGUAAGAUGCUUCCUUUUAGGAGCCUAUAAUUUCAGAUAGGCACACUGUCUUAAAGCAUGAAGCAGCCCUGUAUGUUCUAGACCCUGUAUCUAUAGCUUAAAUGUAAGUAGGGAUUGAUUUAUAUAGAAGACUUACCUACAUUUAAUCCCAUGCUGAAGGGCUGAAAUACCUGAGGAAGCCAUGAUGCAUCUUGACCUAGAGCUUAGGUUUUUGUACCCUUUUUUCAGGUAUACUUUAAAAAAUUGUCUUUUUCAUGAACUUAACA